UAGUUUCAUUUGGUUAGAAGUGGAGAAUUGAGAGAGAUCCAAGUGAUGUAGGAUGGUUAGAAUUAUACAGGAACAUGGUUAAUUUGGAUGGCUUAUUACUCUUUCUUAUAGGUUUCUUAUUCAAAGAGUCUAAAGGCACAGAGUUUGAGUACUUCCAGACCAAGGUCCAGGAGAAAGAUGCCUUGGCGGAUUGCCAGAGCAGAGGGCAGUACCUCGCCAUCAUCAACAGUCAGGAGAAGUUUAACCAGGUGUACAGUCUCCUCACGAACAGUGGAAGAGAAAUGCCCUCUGCUCCGGUUUACAUAGGAAUGAGAUAUAAUGCUGCUCUAAAGCGACACGAAUGGGUGGAUGGGACACCCGUAGACUGGGUCAACUGGUUUGUCAACGAACCAUUCAACGUGGACACGCGUCACUGCGUCAGACUCGAUCUCGACUCAGAUCUCAAGUUCCGCACGACUGAUUGCACGUAUCAACAUCACUAUGUGUGUUCCACUGAUGAAUCUGCAGUGACUGCUGUACAGACCACGAAGAGACAGACAUCCAAUGAUGUGAUGAUAGUUGGACUCUCUGUGGGGUUUGGUGUGUCUGCGGCUGUGAUAGCAAUUUGUUGCUUGAUGUGCUACUGUUGCUGUAGUUCACGUGAUCAACCAAAGCGCCCUCUGCUUCUUCACCACAACUGCCCGCCCAAACCAAGGGCCGUUGUAGGGAGUCUGCGCAGAAAGGAACCAGCGCCUUCCGUUUACUACAGUAAGCAAUCGUCUGGCAGAAACAGCAAUAAUACAUCUCGGACCGGAAGUAGUAAAUUAGAUGAUGAGGAUGAUUUGGACAGUGUUGUGAUAAAUCCGUCCGAUCGACGUACAUCGGUUAACAGCGGGGGGAUAAGUGACUACCAAGGUAGCAGUGCCUCUCCGCGUGACACUAACGAAAUUUUACACUAUAUUUAGUUUUAUUUCAUAACGUAUGGACAUAUUCAAAGACAUAAUUAAAAACAUCGAUUGAUAACUCUGAAAGCAAUCAUGCAAUCAGAACAGUAGGAAUUUUCUAAUUAUUAUUUCAGGAUGGAACAAACGAAAGCUCAAAGGGGUUGUACAAUCUUGUCAACCUUUUGUACCGAUUGCUGCAGUUCUGCAUUGUUCUUUGUCAAAGGGCAAAUAUUGCUAUUUUUUAUUUUAGAUGAAUCGAUAUAAUUUAUAAUGCUGAUUCAUAUUCCUUUACAUAAAAGUUUUCAAAGUACUUCAAAAUCAGGAUCGGCGAAAUAUGGAGUAUAGAUAAGCAUUGUAUGAAAAAGUAUUUGAAAGCGUAUUGUCGAUAAUAUUUGUUUAUGUUAGAGUAUGUUGCACUAAGUGUGCUAAUGUUGUACCUUAGUACUAAACCAUCAUCGCGAACUAAGCCACCCAGUAACUCACUGAAUUUGCUAACAGGGCUGACUGCAAUGUUAGAGAAAGUGAAAUACAUUUAAUCAAGUUUUAUCCAAUCAUCGCUUAUCAGUUAUGAAAAAAUACAUAAACUUCGUCAGUACUGUUUGAAUUCAGCGAGUUUUGUAUGUUUGCGUACAAGACAUUUUUGUAUAGGACGUGAUGGUUGCAAUUUGCUCUCUCUCUCUCUCUCUUAUGAUAAUGCACAUAUAUUUUGUUGUACUGCUCCUGUUAUACUCAAAGUUUGUUUUAACAUGAUUAAGAUUUAUUGUUA